UGAAUCGGGCGACCGAAAAUAUUUACCAAUUAAUGAACUCGUGAGGCGACACAAUCACCUUCUGCGAAUGUGUUUGCACGUGGAAAAGGUGUAUAAUGUCGUUGUUAUGUGUCAUUUAAUGAACAAUUUGUGCUUCACAAGCAGUGCUCUGAUGCUAAUAUUAACAACAUGGAAUGAUAAACAAAUGGGACAGGUGAUAAUAUUUGGAAGUACAACAAUAUUUCUUUACGGUCAAAUAUUUCUAUAUUCGUUGGUAGGUGAAGUAAUGAAGACGAGAUCCGAAACAUUACGUUAUUCCGUUUAUAAUUGUCGGUGGUAUAAAUUACCGUUGCCAGAGCGUCGGAAGAUUCUGUUCAUUCUGACAAAAAUGCAAAAGCCUAUGGACUUUACCGCUGGUAAUUUCUACCGUUUGAACCUGGAGAACUUUAAAAAUAUUGUUAAAUUUACUGUUACAUUGUUCUCUUUUCUGCGUCUCUCCCUGAAUAAGUGAAUUACCAUUUGUUGCGAUGGCCAAAGGAAAAUAUUUUUCAUAUUCCUGGAGCCCAAAUAUUUGUUUCCCGCGGUUGAUUUGAAUUUUUAACCGAUCGAUGGUCAUUCGUGGGAGACUAACCGAUACGAAAUUAUUUUUAUGACACGUGAAAUAUUUAUUAAUCAACUUAAUUAUUAAUUAAUUGUAAAGAAUGUUAUUUAGA